AAUUUGAAAAGAGUGGGUUUGACAUUUAUGAACGUCGUGAAUUAGUGAUUGAAGAAAUUGCCAAAACUGAACAACAAAAAAAAGAAGAAAAUUUAAAACUUACUGUAAAUGAAAUAAAUAAAAGAGUGCGAGACAAAUAUUGGCGUACUGUCGAAGGUGGGGACAUUGAGAGGACAGAGACUUUC